GCUAUGCUUCCACUUAAGUUCUCUGAGAAGGUCACUGGUGUGUAGCCCCAUCAACACUACGUUUGGUGCGAUGGGAACCCCAUCUACCACAUUAACUGAAACAUAACUCAGAGAGUUAGAUUUCAAAGGAUUUCAAGAUAUCAGUGAUUUCAUAAGUAGAAAAUAAUGAAGUGAAGGUGAAAUAUGUGAAGCAGCAAAGGUAGCAGAGUUGUUUUUCUGCCUCAGUUAACAUCAUAAAAAUCUUUCUGCGUCACAUGUCCUGCAAAAAUCAUGAUGGUGGCCUGCGCCAAGUGGUUGGAUAUGUGGACCUGGUAACCAUAACUUUAUUAUCACUGGUGUUAUAUUUUCAUGAAGGAAUAGAGAAAGCAUGUAUGAUCACAAUGUUUUCCCACCUGGUUCCAUUCAGAUACUUUGUGCAAUUUUACAACUGUAUAUCGGAAGGAACUCAUAGUGUCGAACGCAGUCAAAUCUCUGUAUGUAAGUCGCAAACACUGUUGCGCCAUACCAAACGAGUUUCAUGACAGAUGUUUUGAAGGUAAUUACAUCUCUAUUUGGCCAUAUUUUACAUCGAGCCUAUAAGCAGACAUUGAUCUGUUGAAUUGUGGUGAUUUGGGUUUGCAAGAACAAACAACAAGGGAGCCACUAUUUCGAACCCCAUCGUCGCUUUGUCCUUUAAUUUCACACGAUCAUCUUCACAGACCAAACGAACCCUUGGAAAUGCUUAUAAUUGUUUAUCAUGUUAUCUUUUAUGCACAUUGCAAAGUGCUGCAUCCUAUAAAAAUUGAGCUGAAACUGGAAACUGAAACUCACGCCCAUCUAAACUUUAGCACCACAAAAUGUCCUUUGUUCGAGGGUAAGAUGACGUUGCUGGAGCAAAGGGAGUGGUGGUGGAUAUACAGGAGAUCACCGGCAUUUGUUACAAGUGUUUCUCUCUCCUUCUGUCUCCUGCCAUGGCUGUGCUUGCUCUUCUUGAUGCGCUUGACCUGAAGGGAUUUCUGCUGUUUUUGUUUGCCUUCCUCUUGAUCGCUGACUACAUAAGGAACAGAAACCCUCCUAACUAUCCUCCUGGUCCAUUCACGCUGCCUUUCCUGGGUAAUGUCUUCAAUGUCGAUGCCAAGCAACCACAUAUUUACCUCUCCAAGCUGGCCAGUGUUUAUGGUGAUGUGUUUAGUCUACGACUUGGCCGUGACAAGGUGGUGUUUGUUAACAGCUACAAAAUGGUGAAGGAGGCCCUGGUGACACAGGCUGAAAACUUUGCUGACCGACCUUACAGCCCAAUGGCAUCGAGGAUCUACAGUGGCAAUGCUGGCCUGUUUUUCAGUAAUGGCCAUAAGUGGAAGAAGCAGCGACGCUUCGCUCUGUCCACGUUGAAGAACUUUGGUGUUGGGAGAAAUACCCUGGAGCUGGUGAUCUGUGAGGAGUGCCGCUUCCUUCAGGAGGAGAUGGAGAGUCAGAAAGGUAACGCUUUUGACCCUGCUAGUCUUUUCAACAAUGCUGUCUCCAACAUAAUUUGUCAGUUGGUGUUUGGUCGACGGUUCGAGUACAGUGAUCACGCUUUUCAGACCAUGCUUAGGGCCAUAUCUGAAGCAAUUUACCUAGAGGGAUCCAUAUGGGCACAGCUCUAUGAGGCCUUCCCUGCAAUAAUAAAACAUCUACCUGGACCACACAACACUAUUUUCAAGAACUACAAAGAUGUUUGUAGUUUCAUAAGAGGUGACCUGGAGAAACACAAAGAGAAUUUAGACCCUUCUGACCCUAAGGACUACAUUGACAGCUUCCUAAUUGAAAUGAAAGAGAACCCACAUGACUAUGCGGAUGGCUUUAAUGAGGAAAACCUGAUCUUGAACACAAUGGACCUGUUUCUGGCGGGGACUGAGACCACAUCCACUACUCUACUAUGGGCCAUGGUAUUCAUGAUCAAAAACCCAGAGAUACAGGAGAAGGUCCAAGCAGAGAUUGACAGAGUAAUUGGGCAGUCACGCCAACCCAGCAUGGCAGACAAAGCCAACAUGCCCUAUACUAAUGCUGUCAUUCAUGAGAUUCAAAGAAUGGGCAACAUCGUGCCACUGAACGGUCUAAGGAUGGCCGAAAAAGACACAACCCUUGGAGGAUACUUCAUACCGAAGGGAACAGCUUUGAUGACCAUCCUGUAUUCUGUUCUGUUCGACAAAAAUGAGUGGGAGACACCUGACAACUUCAACCCUGGACACUUCCUGGAUGAAAAUGGGAAGUUUGUGAGGCGGGAAGCAUUUAUGCCUUUCUCUGCAGGAAAGAGAGUGUGCCUUGGGGAGCAGCUGGCGAGAAUGGAGCUCUUCCUCUUCUUCACUAGCCUCUUACAAAAAUUCUCCUUCUCAACAGAGGAAGGCACAGAGCUGAGUGUGCAGGGAGCAGUUGGAACCACACACAUACCCCAUCCUUUCAAGAUGUUCGCAAAGACACGAUAAGGCACCGUGUGGAUUCCCAGUGCAUAUUCAUAAGCCAAAAAAAAAAAAUCACUCUUCAGCUUCAGUUUCAAAAAAUGAAUGUGAAAAUGAUAAAAUAAGCAACGAAAAAACAUCCAGCACAUCUUUUCAUUUGGUAUUCUCUCUAACCAGCUGUUCACAAAGCAUAUAAAACCUUUACUAAUGAGGAAGUGCAAUUCAAGCCUAACAACUUGUUACAAGCCUAACAAUUUGUUAAAAAAUAUUUGCAUUUCAGAGGAAGGUGGCAGUCUUGUGAUAGCAGCAAGUUUACAGUGCUAUAAAAUGCUUCAAGAACUCCUAACCAGUUUUAUCUUGGAGGUGAAAAAAUGUUUCUUGACAGUGUCUGAUAAUGAAAAGAUUGCUGGUGGAUUCUCACCACAAAGGAAGAAAUCUUUACUAGUGAGGACAGAAGACCCCUGUGCAUGUUUCAAAGAUUUUAUCAGGCGACAAUGUGAGCUAUUCCUCCUACAGAGAAGCACAAGUCAUUAACACUUCAACAUAUAAAACUGAUCAGCAGAGUUUGGAUGAAAUAUCUUAACAGCAUUUAUGUCUGUACUCUUUUUUUCUGUUUUUUUUUCUGCUUUAAGGGUUAAUUAUAAAUAAAAUACAUACUUCUGUGUAAAA